GCCGCCGGGGCCGCGGCGCCCUCCGCGCCCGGGCUGCGGCCGGCGGCGGCGGGGUGCCGGCUGCUGGCAGGAGCCGGGGGCAGGCGGGCGGAGAGGUGGGCUCCCGCCGCCGCCGCGGCUGGGCGCCGCCGCCGCGGCUGAGAUUAGGCUCCCGCUCGGCUGCGAUGCGGAGCGGCGGGGCCGGCGCGGCGGGGCCCGGCGGGAGGGCGCGGGGCGCCGCCGGGCACUAGGCGGGCAGCGGGCGCGGAGCCGCCGGAGCUCUCCAGGGUGCUGGGGCGCCGCUCGCCCGCCCGCCUGCGGGGAGCCGCGCCGCCGCCCUCCCCCGCCGCGCCGAGCCGCGCCGAGCCGCGCCGCGCCGAGCCGAGCCGAGCCGCGGAGCCCCGCCGAUGGCUCGGACACGACCGCUCCAGGGCUCCGCGGCGCCCCCGAGCAGCAUGGCCCGGAUUAGGUACCUCCGCGCGGCUGUCUCGGGAUUUUAUCUGUGGGAAGCCGCGGUACUGCUCAGCUUGGUAGCCACAAAGGAAACAGACAGUGCAAGAUCUCGUAGCAUGCCAAUGUCGCCAUCUGAUUUCCUGGAUAAGCUAAUGGGUAGGAUGUCAGGCUACGAUGCAAGGAUCAGACCAAAUUUCAAAGGCCCUCCAGUUAAUGUCACAUGCAACAUAUUUAUAAACAGCUUUGGAUCCAUUGCAGAGACAACCAUGGAUUACCGAGUGAACAUCUUUCUCCGUCAGAAUUGGAAUGAUCCACGCCUCGCAUACAGCGAAUAUCCAGAUGACUCUUUAGACUUAGAUCCAUCCAUGCUGGAUUCAAUUUGGAAACCUGAUUUGUUCUUUGCAAAUGAAAAAGGUGCCAACUUUCAUGAAGUUACAACAGAUAAUAAGUUGUUGCGAAUUUUCAAAAAUGGAAAUGUACUUUAUUCCAUCAGAUUGACUUUAAUACUGUCCUGUCCGAUGGAUCUCAAAAAUUUUCCAAUGGAUGUGCAAACAUGUAUAAUGCAGCUGGAAAGCUUUGGAUACACAAUGAAUGAUCUCAUUUUUGAAUGGCAAGAAAAGGGAGCAGUUCAAGUAGCAGAAGGUCUCACUCUGCCACAGUUUCUGUUGAAAGAAGAAAAGGAUUUAUGUUACUGCACCAAGCAUUACAAUACAGGAAAGUUUACAUGUAUUGAAGUCCGAUUUCACCUUGAGAGGCAGAUGGGUUACUAUCUCAUCCAGAUGUACAUACCGAGUCUCUUGAUCGUCAUUCUCUCCUGGGUGUCAUUUUGGAUCAAUAUGGAUGCAGCUCCAGCCAGAGUGGCUUUAGGCAUAACAACUGUACUGACCAUGACAACACAAAGCUCAGGUUCACGAGCAUCUCUUCCAAAGGUGUCAUAUGUCAAAGCGAUUGACAUCUGGAUGGCUGUGUGUCUGCUCUUUGUAUUUUCUGCACUUUUGGAGUACGCAGCUGUAAACUUUGUUUCAAGGCAGCAUAAAGAACUUCUGCGAUUCCGCCGCAAGAGGAAGAAGAACAAGAUUUUGAAGGAUGAAAACAUGCAUUUCAAUGCUUUUCUUCAUAACAUACCCAGGUGAGGGUAUUAACUAUAUUUGGGGGUAUAUGGCUUUCCCUUCCUCCCUAUAUCUGUAUGUUUCAUCAUGAGACAGGUUUCUCAGCCUAAAUUUACAAAAAAAAAAUGCUUUGUUCCCAUGCAAGGUUAUGAUUUUGAGAAAUAGGUAUUUUUCUGAAAAGAUUAACUGAAUGUUUCUUGACUGACUCCAAUUCUAUGUAAAGCUAGAGCUCCUGUCCAGACUUAGCCUUUGAGAAUACACCUUCUCAAGCUCUAGAGAGAGCUCAGCUAAUUGUUUCUCUCUUUCUCUGUUUUGUUAAACCAUUCCUUGCCCAACAAGUGUACUAGAUUUGAAAUGUUACAGCAAGGAAAUUUUAUCUCUUAAAAAAAAUUGGAUCGCAUCCUAAACCCUCUGGUAUACAAAUAAUAAAUGACAUCUUAUAGAUGAAAGAAAGCAGUUAAUAACUAGCCUUCCUUACCACAAAUGUUAUUUAUUCACCACAAUUUCUAACAUGAAAUGCAGGCACUAGGAUCAUAAGCCAAAUUAACUUGUGUUUCCUUCCUCUUUUGUCUUUUUCAAAGUCAGUUACUAUAGCUCAUGAUUAUAAAGUUUUCUAUGUGUUUUUUAUCCCUUUGGACUAGGUCAAAUAGCACUGGCUCUCCAAAAUUACCUUGUAUUGACUUUUAAAACUACCAUGUAUAAAGAGAUAUUCGUUUGACCACAAAGUCAAAAGACAAGAAAAGAAGUUAGGUUAAAAGUCUGCAUUUAAAAUAAACUUCAGGAGCUUGCUUGAACAUUAAAUCCUCUUUCUUUUCAAAGUGAAAACUGCUAUUCUAUUCAGUAUUUAUGUCCAAAUAGAUUAGAGUAAUAGAGCAGUUAGGAUAACUUAUUAGACUUUUUUUCAUCCUACAUGCUUACCAUCUUGGGAUUUAACUAGGAUUAGGUUAAUUCCAACCGAUGAAUACAGAAUUUUUUGGCACUGGCAAUUUAUCUGCAAGGGUACAGCAAAAUCUGCAGUCAUUCGUCAGUGUUGCAAAAAUCCAAAAAUAGAUGGUUUUGGAAAUAUUUCAUUUCAGAUAUAUGUUGACAGAGGAGAACAUGUAUGAAUAAUAUCUAAUUGCAAUAGGGUAGGUGAAGAAUUUCCAAGGUCUAUUUUCUUUGUAAUUAAAAAGACAUGCUUGUUGCAAGAAAUAUUUACUUUUACCAAGUAACCCUAGCAAUGGUCAGAUGAUUGAAUUUCAGUGCUGGAAUGCCCUUGGGAGGUCAAUGAAUCCAUUUUCCUGACCUAAGUCAGUGUCAGUUAUACCUAAUUCAUCACAGUCAUAAAAAUUCCACAAGAUCCCCUGCAAUCUAUUCCAAUGGUUUAGAAAGUUUUUUUACUCAUGCUUUUUUGGCCUCUCACAGCUUUUCUAGAAGGGGCCCAGAGAACAGACUGCUGCAUUCCUUUAUGUAGCCUUUUGCACAUUUCCAUUCAGCCUUCUUUAAAUAUUCCCAGUUGGUAUAGUCUUCUUUUUUUGCUCAUCCUCAUUCCCCUUCCCUGGAAAUUCUCCUAAUAAGUCCAUAUAAUUCCUCAAAACUGUGCUUGCAACAUGAUGCCUAACCAGUAGCAGUGAGAGCAGCUGACGGAUCACAUCAUGCAAGUUAUACACUUCUUUAUCCAAGCCACUUUGCCAUUUGCCUUUUUAACAACAGCAUGGUAUUAACCUGUAUCAAGAUUGUGACCUUCCAUAACCCCCAGGUCUUUUUCCAGAACUACUGCAGAGCCAUUCACUUUCCAUCUUAUGUUUGUGAAGCUGAUUAUUCCUGGCUAAAUGUAGUACCUUGUAUUUGCACCUACCGACUCUCCUUCUCUAUUUUUCAGAUUCUUUGUCCAAGUCAUUGAAUUAAAUUUUAACUCUAAACAUAUCCUCAAACAAAUUUGCAGGUUUUCCCAGAUUGGAGUCUUUUAUAAAUUUAACCAAAACUAUGGGUUAUUCCUUCUCAAUGCUGAUUAAAAACACAGUAGAACUGAAAUCUCUCUCUCAAAAAGCAUAUGAUUGAACUUGGGUAAAACCCCUGCAGUAAACAAGUGUAGCAAACAAAAUAAGAACUGCUGAGUUUUAUGGAAAAUUUUUUAAAAUGUAAUUAUGUACAGGGCUGUAUCAAGACAUUUUGGCGUCCAAAGCUCAUCUAUCCUUGCCAUUUUCCUUAUGCUUUUUCCACCUACAGUCACUGCCUCUUUCUUACACCAUCUAGUACACUUGCAGCCUCCCUUCCCAGACAACAGUAACAGCAGCAUCAAAGGCAAUACUUAGGUGUAACUGCACCCUCUGGCUACUGUUUUUAUGCUUCUAAGUAUGGACCUCACUAAAUGAUUCAAAUAACUGAAAGACAAAUUUCUUUUCAGAGGGCCAAUCCACUUUGCACGGAAUUAACAAAUAUUUUGAAGUGUCCAGGAUUGUGUUAUAAAUACAUUUAUAACUAAAAACUGUUAUUGCAAUGUAAUAUGCAACCUACUCAUUGCUGUUUUCCAAUAGGCAUCACAAUAGGUAUAGGAGAUUUUUCAAAAUGGGUCUCAUUUCUUUAUGAUUACACAAAUGGCAUAAUGAAUUCUGAGAACAGGGGAAUUUUGAUUCCCAGUUUGAGACUUCAUUUGGUAGUCAGUAUAUGAUCCAUAGUGCUUUGUCUCUGUCAGAGAAAGAAAUCUGGCCAAUGAACACAACCAUUUCACAAAUAUUAUAUUACUAAUGUGAUGGAAACAUUCCUUCAGAAUGAAUGAAUAUUAAUUACUCAUUUACAGUUAGACUCCUUUCAGUCCUGAAAGACAAAAGGAAAAAAAUAGCAGAAUUAGAAGUCAUACAGAGAUAUUGAAAUAUAUCUAUGACCAGUGCUUUUUCUUAGUUGCAUUCACACUGUAGAGGGAAAAAUAUUAACUGUGUAUAUAUAUUGAAUAACACUUUGAUUUUAGAUUAGCUUUUAAUAUAUUUAGUUUUCAGGAAUAGUCAAUCUUUUAAUUCUAUUUUCGAAAAUCUAAAGAUCACCAUAUCUUUAGUGAGGAAAAUAGACAUGCAAACUAGAUUGUCUUUAAUGGUAAUCACACCUCUUUUCUUUU